CUGAAGAAGGAACUCCCACAAUUUUCUGCUGUUUUCGACAGGAUCGGGUAUUAUAUUUUGUGGGAAUGGUCAGUGCUUUUGUUCCUCGCGCUGCUUUGCAUUGAGUCAGAAUAGGAACUUUUCUUCUUUUGUGUCCUUCUGUCUGUGUCCAGUGUCCAACAUGACCUCGUACAGAAGGGAUCGAGGGCCGCCUGCUGCAGCACUUUGAGCCCAGUCUCCGUUAGUUCGAGACUUAAAAAUGAGGAAGUGAGUGGAGCGCUUCCUCCCACGCCUUUCAGCUCCUGCCUUUGGUGGCCAGGGCCGCUGCCGAUGAGUGACCGGGGGGGCCCCGUGAGAUUCUGGGACGUGGCGGUGGACUUCAGCCCGGAGGAGUGGGGGUGUCUGGCCCCGUCCCAGAAGGAGCUCUACAGGGAGGUGAUGCUGGAGAACUACCGGAACCUGGCCUGUGUGGGACUGGCUGUUGUCAAACCCGCUGUGAUCCGGCAGCUGGAGCAAGGGGCAGAGCCGUGGAUGCCCGAGGGAGACGUCCCCAAAGGCGGCUGUCCAGAACUAUCAUUGCAGACGAGUCUCAGAAAGAAGGAUCUCUUCCUCUCCACCUUGGAACAAUCCCGGAAAUGUGAUGCUAGUCUAGGAAAGCAACUGAGCAGGAAAGAGAAACGUUCUCGAUCUUGUAUUAGAGAGAAAUAUUAUGAAUGUCAUGAAUGUGGGAAUGUUUUCCCCCAGAGGACAGCCUUGACUCGACACCUGAGGAUUCACACAGGAGAGAAACCUUAUCAAUGCCACGAAUGUGGGAAAGCCUUCCGUGUGAAUGACUUGCUUAAUGUCCACAAGAGGAUUCAUACUGGGGAGAAGCCUUACAAGUGCAGUGAGUGUGGGAAAACCUUUCGAGUGAGCGAGCAUCUUACCCAGCAUCAGGUACUUCACACAGGAGAGAAGCCUUAUCAGUGUCACGAAUGUGGGAAAUCCUUCUACCGGAGCACAGAGCUUACUCGACAUCAGAGGAUCCAUACUAGUGAGAAACCUUAUGAAUGCAGCGAAUGCGGAGGAGCCUUCCGCUGGAGGUCUGCUCUCACUCAACAUCAGACGAUUCACACCGGAGAGAAGCCUUAUGAAUGUCGUGACUGUGGGAAAGCCUUCAGACGGAGCACGGAUUUUACUCGUCACCAGAGGAUUCACACUGGAGAAAAGCCUUAUGAAUGUCUUGACUGUGGAAAGGCUUUCAGCAGAGGCACGGAGCUCACUCGACACCGGACGAUUCAUACUGGAGAGAAACCUUAUGAGUGCAGCGAAUGUGGGAAGACCUUCCGUUGGCGGGCAGCUCUCACUCAGCAUCAGACAAUUCACACCGGAGAGAAACCUUAUGAAUGUCGCGAGUGUGGGAAGGUCUUCCGCCUGAAGAUACAGUUUUCCCGACAUCAGAGAAUCCAUACUGGAGAGAAACCUUAUGAAUGUGAUGAUUGCGGAAAGACCUUCCGCCGGAGGUCGCAGCUUACACAACAUCAGAGAAUUCAUACUGGAGAAAAACCUUAUAAAUGUCAUCAAUGUGGGAAGGCCUUUGGCUGGCAAACAGAACUCACUCGACAUCAGAGAAUUCAUACAGGAGAGAAACCUUAUGAAUGUAAUGAAUGUGGGAAAGCCUUUCGUGAGAGCGGGACCCUUACUGCUCACCAGAGAAUUCACACUGGAGAGAAACCUUAUAAAUGUAAUGAGUGUGGGAAAGCCUUCUGUGCGAAUGGAAACCUUACCCGCCAUCAGAGAAUUCACACUGGGGAGAAACCUUAUGAAUGUCAGCAAUGCGAGAAGGCUUUUCCCCAGAAGGAAAAACUUAUUCGACAUCAGAAAAUUCAUGAUGCAGACUCAUAUCAGUUAAUCAGUCAAUCAACAAGCAUUUAUUAAUCACUUUCUAUCUUCUAGGUACUAUGCUAGAUGACCAAGGAUACAAAUUCCAAAUAUAUAAAUGCCUUAUGAAUGUUAUGACUUCUGUCAGGGAAUUCCAACUCAACUCAACAAAUAUUUAUUUUUAGAGUUCUUUCAUGUGUCAGACAUUCUGCUAAUUACUAGGAAUACAGACACCCAAAAUGUAACCAUUCCUUCCUCACUCAAUGAUGGAUGGUUCCCAUUGAAGAAAGAAACAAUGUCAAACUCAAAUAAAUUGAGAGAAUUCUUUUUCAAUAGAAACCUGAGGGAUGUGGAACAACACUGAAGCACAAGUUUUGUUGAACUCUCUAACGUUGCUUGCCACAUAUCGAGGCUUUUUCUCAAUCCUCAUUCUUCUGUCCUUCUCUGUGAAAUUUCACUCUGUCAAUCACCUUUUCCUCCUUUCUAGGUUUUCCUUUCCAGGUUUUUUGGAUCAUAUUCUCUCCUGGCUUUCCUCCUCUUCAAUUGUUCUUUCUCAGUCUCCUAUGCUGAUUCCUCAAUCUGGCUCACACCUGGGAAGUGGAGACCUUUCCUUCCCCCACCCAAGGUUUUGUUCUAGACCCUCUUCUUUCUUUCUAACCUGUGUUACUUGAUGAUCUCUCCAGUUCUUAUGGGUUCAGUUAUCCUCUCUCCACAUAGGAUUCCUGCAUUUAUAUAUCUCGCUCUGAGCUCUUUCCUAUGCAACAGUCCCCCCCCUCCCCAACACCAUUGCCUGUUGGAUAUCUCAAACCAGAUAUAUCCUCUGGGCACCUGAAACUCAGCUCUCCAAAUUCCAGAGCUCCACAGCCUCUUUCCCCAAUUCUCCUUUCUGCUGAACUUCCUUAUUACUGUUGAGGACAACAUUAUCCUCUCAGUCACUUAGGCAUCUAGCUUUGGCGGCAUCCCCAGUUCCUUACCCUUACCCCGCUAUCCAAACUGUUGCCAGGACUUUCCGCAUUCCCAAUUUUUCUUCCACAAGCUCCCAUCCUUUCUCCAGCUCAGUCCCCGCUCUGGUUCAUGCCUUCAUCACCUCACACCUAGGCUGUGCAGUAGAUGCUGGUGCUUCCGUCAGGAGUCAUAAGUCUCUGUUUUAGUUCAUAUUCUAAACAACUGCCAGAAUAAUUACCUUGCCUAUUCCCAGUAAAUCCCAUUGGCUCCCUGUUACUUCCAGAGCAAAUAUAAAAUCUUCUCUUUGGCUUUUAAAGCCACGUGUCUCCUUUUAUCUUUCCUUGUCCAAAGUUCGUUGGGAUUGUCUGGGAUCGCUGAAGCAUUGAGAAGAGCCAUGUUCUUGAUUAUUGCACAUUCUUGCUGUUACUGUGUACAGUAUAUUAUUCCUGGUUCUGCUUGUUUCACUCAGCAUCAGUUCAUGUAAACCUUUCCAGAUCUUUGUAAAAUCAGCUUGUUCAUCAUUUUUAUGGAAUAAUAAUGUUCUGUUACCUUCAUGUACCACAAUUUGUUCAGUCAUCCCCCAAUUGACAAACAUCCACUCAGUUUCCAGUUCCUUGCCACUACAUAAAGAGCUGCUACAAACAUUUUUGCACACGUGGGUCCUUUUCCCUCUUUUAUGAUUUCCUUGGGAUACAAACCCAGUAAUGGCGCUGCUGGAGUGGAGACUCAAUCCACAUCACUUAAUAAAUGCUUUUUCAUUCAUUCAUUCAUGUAUUUGUUAAUUCACAGGGUCACACCAUUUAUUCAUUCAUUCCCCAAUGAAUGCCAAGUCCUGGUUUUAAAAAACCUUUCCAAGGCCACAGCUACAAAUGGAUCCAGUAAUUCACUCUUUGCCAUGUUUUCAGUUUUAAUAUUUUUAAUUGAUUCUUUGGUUUUUUUCAUCAGUAUCACUUCCGAAUAACCCCCUGCUGUCCUACUAAAACUCUCUCCUAGAACGACAUCCCCCCAAAAAAACAAAACAAAAACAGUUUUGAGAAGAAAAUGUUUAAUUUCAGGUGGUGGAUAUAAAGAUGAUUUCUUUUUCCUAUCCAAGUUGAUGGACUCCCUAAAACCUUACCAAAGAUGGUAGAUUAGGAAACUAUAAGAAGGAAGAUUUUUUUCCAUGAUCUAGAGAUCACAAUGGCUACUGACGGCUGGCCCGUGUUAUUCUUCGACCUUUCCUGACUCACUUGUGUUUUUCCUGCCUUCAUUCUGAUGACUUCAACAUUCACAUGGAUGUGCCCUCAAUUCCCCUGGUCUCCCCAUCCUUUCAUUUUUUCAGUUCCCCUCCCUCAUUCCACCACACCUAGGACCAGUCAUAGCCUGGAUCUCCUGGGACCUUCCUUUCCCUUUUGUCCCUUUCCUCCCACACUUGUUCACCUCAGGCCUCCAGCCCCUCGGGUUUUGUUAGGCUCUGACUUCACUUCCCUGGCUUGGGCAUCUCAACUUUAUAUUUGGCCAGUUCAGCUCCACAUCCUUUACUUAUGAUGUUUAGCCCCCUUGUCCAGUAACCUCAGCCCAGGUUUUCUCCUCCUGCCCACUUCCUCUGUUGGAUAAGCUUCACAAUCAAAAAUCACUUUGGCCAACUUCACUGGGCUCUCACUACAGCAAGGCAACCCCUUAAUCCUCCACAAUCCUCCAUAACAGGUUCCCUCUCUCAUGCUCCUUGCACCUUAUUCCAAAGCUAAAGCUUCCCAGAGCUCCUCCCAACCUCUCAGCUGAGGAUUUUGCUUUUGCAGAGAACACUGAAGAGUUUCUUUGAGCUCUCUCUUCUUAUCUCAAAACCCUAUCUACAUCCUUCUCCUUGCUCAACAUACCUGCCUCUGGAACACUGCAGCAAGGGACUCCAGGUGCUGUGAAGUCUUUCCACUGGACUCCUCAUCCUUAUAGAAACUUGUGUUGCACUCUCUCUGGGGGCUGUUUUGUUCCCAUUCAUAGCUGUAUCAUUGUAGUCGAGACCCCUUUCUCAUUGUUACUGACUUGAGGGGAUCUGGCUAAAGAGAUUAUCCCUAUGGGCGGGGAGAACACUUUUGUGGUAGAUUGAGCUGGUGGAGAGACUCCCCUUUUCUGCAGGAGUCCCGGAAGCCCUUAGACAGUCUGAUUCAGCAGCCCUGAGACUCCACCCAACAGGAGUUGGGAUGGAAACUCCCAAGCUUCUGGGAGUUACAUAUACAUGGAUUAAAUUGCCAAUUUGAGGUCUCCCUUUUCCUGGCCUUUUAGCCACAGCAUUAUCUGGUCAUUAUUCCUUUGGUGUAAGAUUUUUAGAACCAUCAGGUCUUCUAAGCUUUUCUAAAAUUCUUCUGGUCCUACUCGAUUUUCAUUUCCUUUAAUAUGUUUUUCUUUCCUAAAACUUUAUUCUUUCUUUUUCUUUGUCUUCAAUAUCAUCCCAUUUCCUUCCCAGAGAAGGGAAGAAGUGGGAAGGAGGAUCCUGGCCCAUCUUUCCAGCCUCUUUAUUCCCCUUCUCACACUCUGCAAUCCAACUACACUGGCCUUUUUUCUGCUUCUGCACAGAACUUUCUCCCUUCCCUCUCUUCCUUUGCAUUUCUCCCCUCCUGUCCUGAAGUACGCUGUCUUCUAGAUACCCCUCCCCACAAAAAGAUUUCCUUCAAAACACCUCUCAUUGCCUUUCUAUGGGAAGCCCUUCCUCUCUCCCAAACAACCUCACAUUUAAUUACUUAUUUGUAUUUAUUCUUUGUUAAUUUAUUCUGAAUAUACUGGUGAAUGUAUUUUUGUUGGAGGUGGGUGUUGAGAGCUGGAAUUGUUUCUCUGUACCUCUCCCCUGUGCUAGCAGAAAGUAAGCACUUAAUAAAUGCUUGUCGAUUGAUUAUAAAGAAA